CGGCCUUAACCCCAUAGUGGCUGCAGGCUGGCGGGAGCGGCGCGGAGCCCAGGGCCUGGCCACCCCUCCCACAGAAUGCCUGAGGGCCCUGAGCUGCAUCUGGCCAGCCACUUUGUGAACGAGGCAUGCAGGGAGCUGGUGUUUGGCGGGUGUGUGGAGAAGUCCCCUGUCAGCCGCAACCCUGAGGUGCCCUUUGAGAGCAGCGCCUACCACAUCGCAGCUUUAGCCCGAGGGAAGGAGCUGCGCCUGACACUGAGCCCCCUGCCUGGGGCCCAGCCCCCGCGGGGGCCACUGGCCCUUGUCUUCCGCUUUGGCAUGACCGGCUCCUUCCAGCUGGUGCCCAGCGAUGCGCUGCCACCCCAUGCCCAUCUGCGCUUUUACACGGCUCCCCCUGGCCCCCGACUUGCUCUCUGCUUCGUGGAUAUCCGCCGCUUUGGCCACUGGGACCUCGGGGGCAAGUGGCAGCCAGGCCGCGGGCCGUGUGUCUUGCUGGAGUACGAGCAGUUCAGGGAGAAUGUGUUACGAAACCUAGCAGACAAGGCCUUUGACCGGCCCAUUUGUGAGGCCCUCUUGGACCAGAGGUUCUUCAAUGGCAUUGGCAACUAUCUGCGGGCAGAGAUCCUAUACCGGCUGAGGAUACCCCCCUUCGAGAAGGCCCGCACGGUUCUGGAGGCACUGCAGCAGCGCAGGCCGAGCCCGGAGCUGACCCUGAGCCAGAAGAUCAGGGCCAAGCUGCAGAACCCAGACCUGCUGGAGCUGUGCCACUCAGUGCCCAAGGAAGUGGUCCAGCUGGGGGGCAAAGGCUAUGGGCCGGAGAGCACGGAGGAGGACUUUGCUGCCUUCCAAGCCUGGCUGCGGUGUUAUGGCACGCCAGGCAUGAGCUCCCUGCGGGACCGGCAGGGCCGCACCAUCUGGUUCCAGGGGGAUCCUGGACCCUUGGCGCCCAAAGUCCCCACUCCAACCCUCGGCGGCACUCCAGAGUGGGAGCAUGGGAGUCUAGAAAAAGGGGGCCGCGGCCACAAGACCCUCCAACCCCAUCAGCAACAGUAUCCUGCAGGGGGCAAGUCCCGCAAGAAGAAAUCCAAGGGAGCACAGCGGGGUCCUGAGGACCAAGUGGAGAACCCUCCACCUCCAAACAAGGCCCCUUCAAGGACACGAAGGGCACGGAGAGGCCUUCCUGAGCAGACUGCGGCCCAGCAGCCCGAGGGGACCAGCCUCCAAUGGGACCCAGAAGCCCCCCGUGUCCCUGAGAAAGGGAAGAGGAGGAGGCAACCAGCGACCUCAGGCCGCCGCAGACCCCAAAAGAUCAAGGCUGACACCCCAUCCUUGGAGCCUGAGGAGACCUCAGCCUCUUAGCAGGAGGGUCUCCUUGCUUGCAUCCACCCCUUCCUGCUGCCCUGGAUCUGGGCCUGUGCGGCUUCCUGGAAGUUGCAGGGGACUGGCUGCCCCUGGCCCUGUGGCCAUUCCCUAUACAACUAUGAUGUUUUUAA